UGACCUCACGGCCUCCACCAGUCACUUGCCCUGUCAGGUAGACUCGCGACUCGCUGUUCUUGCUCCUCUCCAUAUACCUCUCCCUGUUGUCCUCCGUGGUUCUCUUGUUUACCUCGCCCAAUAUCCUUCCACCCUUCUCUAUUUACCCACCCCCCCUGCUCUGUCCAGUUGUCGCAUGGUCUACGUGGAUCCGUAGCCGCGCGCAUCAUCAUGUCUAACGGUUUAUCGUAUUUGCAGAAAAUGCGCAAGCCCCAGCUUGCGGAAUGGGCUGAAAUAACUGAUCUCCAGAACUACGGGGACUACACCAAACCAGACCUCGCCGCCGCCCUAGAUCAACACCUGCAAGCCAAUCAGUCUAUCUUCAACAGCGAUGCGCGCCUGGCAGACUACUACAAGAAGCUGUUGCAAUCUCCGCGUAUUUACUCGCCGACCAAGAGAAUCCCCAAGGUGGAAGCAUCCCCGUCGCCCUCGGAGGCACCCAGAUCCGUGCGCCGGAGGGCUACCAAGGCUAAGUUGGAGGAGCGCACGCCAUCGGAGGAAUCCGAACUGCCCCAGACCCCCGGGCAGGCAUUGGUGAGCAUCCAGCCACCAACGAUCGCAUCACCAGCAAUCGCGUCUCUGGUCCAAGAGCUACCGCCUUCUCCGGCUGUUGUCACUGAUGCGAUUGAUCGUCAGACAGCCGCGUGGGGCAAAAAACUAAGCGAUGCGUGGACCGGAACCGGGGUGCAGGAGCGGACCGAUUCGCUCCGCUCGAACCUCAGCAGCGUCAAGGCCUUUGGGGCCUUGCUAUUAGCGCUGGAGGCGAUUGGCCUCUUCCAGACGACUGUCCCUUGGAACUAUGUGGCCACGCUGAAGCUCCCCCAGUCCCUCCAGAUCGCCGACUACCAGGUCUGGAUUCCCGACCUUUUCGUUUUGCUCGAAGGCCAUUUCUGGGCCGCGGUGACCUUGUGGCUGUUGACCAGCCUGGUGCUGCCACUGACUACCGCCUAUUUCUUCAACAUCAGCCUGCAGGCGGCGCAGCCGGGCAGUCCGACGUUUAGUGCGCGUAGUCCCUUCGCGCAUACCAGUUUUGAUCCUCUGAGUUUCUACAUUUCCAAAGCAGUGAUUGCGUAUAUAGUUUACGUGGAACAGUUCUCUUUCUGGAGCCUUUACCAGGGGUUGACCAUUGAACGGCUGGAGGCAUCCCUUCCCGGUGGAGUUUACGGCGCGGUGGCGGGAUGCGCCAUCGGGGUGAUUGGGACUCUGUACGAGGCUAUCCUGCGGAAGUAGCCUGUAUAUACCUGGUCAACGCGUUGCUUGGAGUAUUGUGUUUGGUUACUCGCUCUGAUUGAGUUGGAUGCUGGUUGUUUCCGUUGACUCGGCCGACACUGCGUCGGCUGUUUCACUGGAAAGGAAAUAGUACAGAAAGAUGAUCUAGAGAAGCGAGCGACUCUGGAUAGGAAUGGUUUUGGUGCUUCGGGGUACCUUGUCUUUCGUUUCGGGACUGGCGUAAUAGCGGGACUGCUGAUGUUUUGCUACCACGUUAUGAUUUACUGCUUCAGCCAGGAUGGCGAUGGAUGGCGCUUGGGUAGUAGUUAAUCUGUUUAUCUUUUUACUUAGUUUUGGUAACAUUAGGAAUGAUCAUGAUGCCAAUAAG